AUGAAUUAAAGGCCAAUUAAAAAUGGAUAUCUAUAACAGAAACACAUAUUUGGACUAAAAACUACUAAAUAUUUCUAUUUGGAAGGCACUCAAUUUCUAAUAUUUGAAGACGACAAAACUCAUAUUCCAUAAGAAAGAAUCGAUUUAUCAGGUUUCAUUGUAGAUGGUACUUGGUAAGAGGAUGGUUAUUAUACUUUCACACUCAGACAUUUGUAAUAAGAAAUAAUGAUGCAAUUUAUAUCAAUGACCUAUGAUGAUGCUGCUGAAUGGGUUAGUAAAAUUAAAUAAGCGAUUCUCAUUUCAGAAUAUGAGGCUCUGCUCCACUCUUCUAAUUAUCAGAUCCUCAUCGAUUCACAAAAAUCUUUAAAGAACGACAUUUCAAAUAUAACUAAAAAUAUCCCAGAAUAUGUGUAAAAAUAAUUAUAACUCUACCAAGAAUUAAGCAAAGAUAAGUGGGUUAUUGAGAAAUCAUUAAAAUAAAUGAAGUUAACAACAAUUCAAUCUUCCAAUAAUAUUGUAUUAAAGGGUGAAUAUGUAUUUAACACUUCUUUACAAAAAGUGGCCACAAUAAUUCAAAAAGGUGGAAAACUUUUGGAUUUAUUUAAAUAAUCGUCUGAUAUCCAUGAGAUUGAUUUGUAUUAAUAUCAUAAAGACACUUGGCAUUUUAAUAAUGAAGAAUCUAAAUAUAUAUAGUUUGAUUUCCAAAGGAAUAAUUCAUUUUUCUUGACAAGAGAAUCAGUCAAAGAAGGCUAAUUUCCCAUUGUUAAGAAUUCUGAUAAUGAAUCUAAGAAAAAACUCAUAUCAAUAUUUAAGAUAUUGGAAAUUAUUCAUGCAGUGGAAGAAGACUCAAAAUGUUACAUUUAAUAUAUGCAGGUCGUAAAAAAAGACUAAAAUGAAAAAAUAAUUAGAAAAUUAGUGAAAGAGUAAAUAAUUAAUUUGUCAAUAAUAUCAACAGAAUUGGAUUUGCUUUUGAUUUAAAUUAAUAAUGAAGCUUUACCAAUAGCAUAAUCAAGAAUUGUGCUUGAAACCCAUCAUUCAAAUAAUGAUAAUUAAGAAAAUGAAUUUUCAAAAGGCGAAAAUGUUCAUUUUCCCCCUUAAGAUCGCUAAGGAUAUGUAGAUAAUCAGUUACAACCUAAUGUGUCUGCAAAGAAAUAUGAAAAUAUGCAUAAUAGAAUUAUACACUAAAAUGAAGAACAAUUAAAAGCUCUGGCAGAAUUAAAAGAGAAGAUAGGUCAUUUAUUUUUGAAUGACUAGGCCAUGAUCAGGUAUUUGAUUGCAAGAAAUUAUAAAGUUAAUGAAACCGAAAAAAUGAUACUGAAAUGUUUACAAUGGAGGAAGGAAAAUAGAAUCAAUUCCAGAAAGACCUCUGACUACUAAAUGUAUGCUAAUGAAAAUGUUCAUACUUAAUUGGGAUUUUCAAGAUGGGGACAUCCAAUUUUAGUAACUAAUGGAAUGCAUUCACAUCCAGAAAAGUUUGAGACUAACUAAGGAUUCUCUGAAUAGGGCUAUUUGUAAUACCAUCAAAGUCUGAUGGAAGAAGGCAUCAGAUCUAUGAGAGGAUAUGUAGAUCAAUUUAUUGUCAUUAUUGAUUGUUAUAAACUGGCUCCCGCUAACUUCUCUUUCAGUGUAUUGAAAAAUGCUUUUAUAGAAAUCUUCAAUUAUUAUCCUGAAAGAUAAUUUAGAAUUUAUGUAAUAAAUACAAACUUCUUGACUCGCAGCUUUUAUGCUAUGUUAAAGCCUUUCUUGCCAUCUAGAACUGUAGAGAAGAUUAAUUUUGUUGGAUAAGAUUUCAAUGAGAUUAAGAAAGCACUUCUGAAAGAUUUGGAUGAGGAAACCAUUCCAGAAAGAUAUGGAGGCAAAAACAUACUAAUUUAAUGAUUAUAAUUAGAAUUGAAUACAAUUAUUGAAUUUUA